AGCAAAGAAAUAUAUACCGAAGAAGAAGAGCAUUCAGAAAAGAUAACGAAUAUAAAAUGGCUGAUAAAGUGACAAUAAUGAAGACACUCCUCGUAUUUUUCUCUUGUAUAUUUUGGGCAACAGGUAUGCUAAUAGUGGGUGCGAGCAUAUUGAUACGUUUUAAAUUUGAAGAUUAUUAUAUUAACAAUCCGAUAGGAGGUCGAACAAUGAUAUUAGCACUUGCUAUACUUGGUAUAGUUUGGAUGCUAUCUGCACAAUUUGGAUGCUGUUCUACGAUUCUAAAGCGUUCUGGUUUGAUCUAUCUGUAUGGAGCAUUUUUAACGACCAUAUUGUUAUUGGAACUUGGUGCAGUUACAUUGAUUUACAUUUGUAUUCAAACGAUAAACGAAAGAUUGAUUAGCAUGUCAGCGUCUGAUCCUAAUAAAAUAUACACCGAGAGUUGUUGCCAAAUUAUAUUUAGAGUCGUCAAGAGUAAUGUCGAAUUAACGGAUAGUAUUAUUAUUGGACUAUUAUUAUUUCCAAUAAUUGGAGCAUGUUUAACAAGUUUUUUAGUUGAUAUGAUUAAUAUCGCAGAAAUUGAACGCCGGAGAACCGAUCGCGUAUAGGAUAGACAUUUCAUAGAUUAUCAAUAAAAUA